AUGGAGUUCAGCAUCUUUAUCUCGGCGCUCGUCUUCCUCGCGGCUCACUCCCUCGCCGCCGUGGUUUCGCCCGGCUUACCUCAUUCUCAACAUCAUCAUUCCCGCCGUGACCCGAAAUCAGCGGCAUCAUUCUCACUUGCGGCUCACUACAACGCUGCCUUCCAUUCUGCCCAUCAUGAUCAACCCUCGAACCAUGGUCUCGCAUCCUACUACCGUUCCCUCUCUCGGUUGCCCAACAUCAACCUUGACUCCAUCCCCUUAGGUCUCAAGAGGGUCGUUUCCGGCAAACCCAAAGGCUCCAGCAGUAGUCUCCCCGCCACCCCCUUCUGGGAAGAGCGCGAGUAUCUCACCCCACUCACCGUCGGUACUCCUCCGCAGACGGUUAUCGUUAAUAUCGACACCGGUUCCAUCAGUUUAUGGCUAUUGAGCUCAGAGACCUUCAUCGCCAACAAGACGCUGCGGGUCUUGUACGAUAUUGGCAAGUCGACAACGGCGGAGAAGGUUGUUAAUGCUUCUUGGGCUACGCAUUAUGAGGAUGGAAGCUACGCCGCUGGAAAUGUGUACCACGACACCCUCUGCUUGGGCAAUGUUGAACUUCCCAAGGCCGUCAUACAAAGUGCUCUCGAAGUUAGCCUCGACCUCGCCUCAGACCUCGCCAUUUCCGGCAUCAUGGGUCUAGCCUACAACAUGUCGAGCGAUGUGCACCCCUUGGGCACGGAGACGACCGUCUUGGAGCAAAUCUUCGAGCGACUGGACCAGCCUCUAAUGACCAUCGACCUGCGCACCCACGCCAACGGGACUUACACCUUCGGAUCAAGCCCGGCUUCCAUUCCCGCGACAGCUGGGGAAAAGGGAAGAGCACCCUACAAGGGAGAAAUCAACUACUACCCCCUCAGCCCUAGCCCGUACUGGCAAACCACCUACGCCUUCUUCUCCAUCGCCAAUAGCACCUACCAAUCGCCGUGGAUGAACGCGGGCGGUCUCGAGGACGCCGACACUGAGCCCUCUACUCGACUCACUCCCACAUCCUCGACCUCCCCCCCUACAACUACCCCCACCGACUCCCUGCCAGAUCCAAAUGUUCCAGCCACGCAGCCCCUGCUCGCACGUGAAGCUAUCAUCGACACGGGUACUUCCAACAUCAUGCUCCCCGACGCCAUCGUCAAAAGUUACUACGCCCACGUUCCCGGCGCCGUGUUCCGCACCGAGUACAACACCUGGACGUUCCCUUGCGAUUUGAAGGUUCCUGUUCAUACGCGGUCUGGUCCGCCUCCUACUAGUGCUGAUUCUAGUGAUGAAGAGAAGAUGAAGCCCGAGCCCGUGCUCCCGGAUCUGAAAAUUGCCUUUGGCCGCGAAAAGGGUGGUUGGCACGCCACCAUUCCCGGAGCGCUGUUCAACUAUUCUGUGAUAGAGGUUAAGGAGGGUCACGGAGGCUCUUCUUCCACUACUGCUGCGCGUCCUGCUUCUUUGGAGAGGUUUGUUGGUGGCGAUGGUAGGGACGACAUGGCGGAGAAAGAGGACGACAACGAGCCGAAAAUGAUCACCACAUGCAUGGGUGGUAUUCAGAACAACAUGGACAUGGAUAUCUCUGUUCUUGGAGACAUCUUCCUUAAGGCUGUCUUUGUUGUGCUGGAUAUGAGAGGACGGGUGGGUUUUGCUGAUAAGGAGCUGUAG